UCGCUUCUUACUAAUGCAUUCCAUGAUGAAGGAUUUCAGAAAAUCAAAGAAUAUUUUCAGGAACAGCACCAUGUUCUUCAAAAAUAUAACAAUCUUUUAUUACGCCAUCUCGACAGAUCAAUAAAUAAGGAACUGGAUAAAAAUGAAUUCCAGCAUGUUUCUCUGUUGCUGAAAUGUAUCCAGCGAUUCUUCAUUGAUGGCCUCAAAGAAGAUGAGCCUUUACUGAUUAAGCAGGGUCUGAUCCCAAAGAUGGUUUCCUGGUUUGAAAGAACAGUGGGAUUUCUGACCAUGGCAGACCUAGCCUCAGACACAUCUCUGAAGAACGCGACAGAAGACUUCUUUGACACAGCCUUGAUUAUUUCCAGACGUAGUAGUCAAGGGAAAAUUCAGCUGUUGAAUUCCUUCAUAUUUACCUUGGGAUUUCUAGUGACAGAAGAAGCUGUAAAUCCUUUGAUCCAACGGGAGGCACUGAAGACCUUGAAUGGCAUUCUGCAAGCUGUACCUCGGGAAGAGAGAAAACGUCUCCUCUUGUUGGAAGGCCCUUGUCGUCUUAUGAAAGACCUUGCAAGGACAAUCUUGACUGUGGGUGAUUAUGGCCAGCAGGUGGCUCUUUGUGAAGCGUUGUGUAGACUGACGACGAGACAAUCCAGGGAGGACUUUGUCCCUCAGUGGUUUGAAGAUGACACCAUUGCUAAGGCUUUCAAAGAAAUUAACGACCGAGAAUUUGAGACGGAUUGUAGACGGUUUGUCAAUCACCUAAAUGACAGGCUUGGUGACCAAAGAAGGGUCUAUUCAUUUCCGUGCAUUGCUGCUUUUGCUGGUGAUCAUGAGAUGAGAAAACCUGCAGAUGAAAAAUUAGAGAAAUUUUGGAUCGAUUUCAACCUAGGGAGUCAGAGUGUAACUUUUUAUAUAAACAAUCCUGAGAGUGAUCUGUGGGACUCAGUAAGACUUUUGAAGGAAGCAGUGAUGAAUUUCACCAUACUAGAAACUGAGAUGAAGAUGCUUGAAAUUUACCUGAAGAAGCCUAUUAAUAUCAGAAACAAAGAAGUGACGAAAAUAGAAAUCCAUUUUGAACUGCAGCUCAACAUAUCACAAGCUUCCAUGAAAGCUUUAGGAGAAGACAAACAGGUCAUGCAUGACCAGACAAAAAUCUCAGCCGUUUUUGGCGAAUUAGAGAAAGAAGACACUGAGAUUCCUGGCAGCCACAAAACAGAGACAGACCAGGCAAAGGACUCUACUGGGCCGGCAGAGUUAACCAGGGCUGAAGAUGACCACCGCCUAAUAACUCUCCCCUUAAAUAACCAGUCUGAGCCUGCUCAAACAAAUACAGCUGAUAAUUCACCCAAAAAAUCAAAACUGGAUGAUACACAAAAAGAACUCGAAUAUUCUGUAGAUUUACAAGAAUCAUCAGCAACAACUCAGUUUCCUACAUUAAAUGAUGCGUCUAGGAAAGAUUCUGCUUUUGAGGAUAAAAGAAAGCAAGAAACAAGGAUGUCGUCUGAUUAUAGGAAACACCUUUUCUCGGAGAGUGAUCAGGAUUCAAGUAGUAGUGGCAGUGAGCUGUCUUGGGCCGGUGACCGAAAGCAGAAAUCCUUGAAGUCGUAUCCCAGUAGGAAAAAGACAAGAACCAGAAGGAGCAGCAUAAGAAUCUUGCCUCCUUUUCCUCCCAGUGGUGGCAGUGACCUUGAGAAACAUCAAGUUAAAAUUCUAACACCCUUAUGGAAAGAUUCCUCCAGGCAAAAUAAUGUCACACCUCCCAAAAUUUCUGGAACCGAAUUUCAGAGUAGUUCUGCCUUUUUAACUCCUGAAGAUUCUGCCCAGAAAACAGAACUUCACAGCCCCAGCCAGCUGAGCAAUCUCUCUUCCCUGGAGCACUCAGAUAUUGAAGAAAAUGAAUCUAAGACUAUGGCCCCAGAGUCAUUGAUGAAAAGUACUAGUUUCAAACAUAAACUGCAAAACGUGGAAGACAGAGACAGAGCCCACCGUCACGGCACUAAGUGGAAACAGCCACGGCUGGAAGAUGGUGGUGAACCAGGGGCCCUUUCCUUGGUGGCAGAAGAAGCUGAGUUGGCAGAGAGCAUUUCAACUUCAUCCUUCAACGUUACGCCAGAGAACUUAAAAGGUUCUGUGAUGAUCACUGCUUUUGAAAACUUCACUAGAGAACUGAAAAGAAACUAUGAGCUUAGGUACAGAAGGAGCCCACUUUAUUCAAAAAAUGCAAACGAGGUACCAGAUUGCCUGAUAGAACUUUUAAACCAGAUACAUCAUCGCAGACUGAAUAAACUAGAACAGUUUCAGAGUUUUGUUCUUCAAGAGCUGAGCAGUCUUGACAAGGAUUUCGAGGUUCUUCAACACCUUGAGGACAAUGUUCUGGAAUUUUGGGGUAAGCAGUCAGCUGACCUGAAAUCAUUCUGUGAACUGCAGUUCCAGAGAUUAACUGCAAGAUAUAAAUGA